AUGGACAACCAAUUUAUCCCAUGUCACCUACAGGACGACAGCUAUGUAUUUGAAAAAGACAACGAACCCAAGAAAAACCUGGGAUCCAGUGGAGGCUACAUCCAUGAAUUUCGAGAGUUACUAUGCCAACGUCCAGUCACGUCUUUUCCUGCUGUCAGCCGCUCAUCGAUCCGCAUAAGUCCAUUCCGGGGCGCUUUGGACCCGUCGUGUAGAACCAUUGGCUCAUCCAACGCCGAAGGCACAAGCAGGUUUUCUUCAGACGGUCAGUUAUCCAAGCAAAUCUUUCCAUGGAUGAAGGAGACGCGUCAGAUACAGAAAAGAAGAGCACACAGCUUCACUGAAUCAGGUGAGUCGGCGGGCAGCGGCAGUGAGCCCAGCCCGGGGGGGCGUGGCCUGGCGCUGAAGCGCGCGCGCACCACCUUCACGAGCUCCCAGCUGGUGGAGCUGGAGAAGGAGUUCCACUUCAGCCGCUACCUGUGCCGGCCGCGGCGGCAGGAGAUGGCCGCCUCCCUCAAGCUGUCGGGCCGGCAGAUCAAGAUCUGGUUCCAGAACCGCCGCAUGAAGCACAAGAAGGACCAGAGGGGGAGGGCGAGGGGGGCGGGAGAGUCCCUCCGGGGGCCGUCCCCCGACCCCGGCCCCCGCCCCGCCGCGGCCUACGCCCCGCCCCUCUUCCCUCCCAGAAGCCCCUACGGAGCGGCGCUGUACGCGGAACACCAGCGCUCCGGCUUCCUGUCCGCCCUGCCGCAGCCCUACGAUUGGCCCGACUCCGGAGCAGGGGGGCGGGGCCGUGCGGACGCGGAGGCUGGGGACCCCGCAGCUGCACUGGGAGUGCCUGACUCCCCUUUCGCCAUGGUGGACUACAGCUAUGUGCUCCCCGGACAUGUGAAACCAGCCCUGGGGCCCUGCGACACUCCCAUGUCCUUCUGUGACUUCAGUGCACACUGAAAGAGUUACAUCCCCUCACUACCUGUGGAGGAGGGUGAAGAACAAACGUAUACACACACACACGCACGCACACAUAAUCACACAUAACCACACACACGCACGCACACAUAAUCACACAUAAUCACACACACACACAUAAUCACACAUAA